AUGGAGGAUUGGUUGGUCUUCGUGAAUCAACAUAGCACUGAGGAAUUCAAGAGAGCAAGUGAAAGGAAUAAUGUCAAUCGGUCCAAGCUAAAAGGACCUGCGUGUCUUGGGAGGAACAGCAUGGCCGUUAUUCGCCAUCAGAGGGAAAAAUUAGAUGAGCUUUAUUCUAACAAUCCUUCUUCUAAGAUUAUCAGCGUUGACGAUGCCCUUACACAGGCUCUAAUUGCAAGUUCUUUCUCAAAGAGUAACUACAAAAAGGUGAAAGAAAGUACUUAUUCCGUUCUGAAGACAGGAGCAUUUACUGGUGUUUUCUUAGAAAUCAUACUGGGUACAUGGUACAGUUCUAUUGCUGAAUUAUUCACUAAAGACAUUGAAGUGCUAGGAAUUGUUAGGUCGGGGUUUUUGUUUGUCAGUGCCACUCAACCCAUCAAUGCUCUAUCUUUUGUUUUUUAUGGUCUCCAUUGUGGUGUUUCAGACUUCUCGUAUUCGGCUUUUUCUUCGAUGGUGGUUGGGACUAUGUCAUGUGCAUUUUUGGUAUAUGCUCCUUCUGGUUUUGGUCUUCCAGGAGUAUGGUUUGGUUUGACUCUUUUCAUGCUCUUGCGUAUGGUAGCAGGCUUUGUGAGGUAA